GAAGUGUAUCUUUAUUAUUAGAAUUUCAUGUUUGCUUAGAAAACAGGAAAAAAGACAGAGUCCGUGCAUCUAUAAUCUAUAUAUACCCACUUCACCCACGAAUUUCACUUCGUUUCCUCGCGUCUUCUUUUUCUUCUUUCUCUGAUUCUCUGCCGAGUCGUCCCUUCAUUGUCUCCCUCUCUCUGCCACCACACGAAUCCCCCACCCAUCAAUACUUGCACACUCUGCAAGGAUCUUUCUCAACCUCCUCGGAGUUUUUCUUUAUUUUUCCCGCCACAAGUCCGACACUCCUUUGUAGGAGGUCUCCUUCUUUUUACCUUUUGGUGGUGGGAAGGUCAGAGUUUCGGAUCAAAUUCUUCUCGCUCUAAAAGAUCUGCUUGUCCAUCUGUCUCUGUCUCUCUCUCACUCUCUCUUAUUACAAGCGUACUCAUACGCCAUACGCUCUCCGUGCUGAAUAUCUCGAAAAGGUAGAGUUUCUCCCACUCCAUAAGAGUGGUUAUAAAGACCUUUCUCUGCUGCACCAUAAUUCCACUGUCUUUUUUUUCCCCAUUUUUCUCACUUCCAUUUGUGCUGGAGGCAUAGAAUCUCCUCCCUCUUUUCCCUAAUUUGCGAAUUAAAGCCAUCGCCUUUUUUCCACUCUAUUGCCUCUUUGUCCUGCCUAAACUUAUCCUCCCCACCACCACUACGGAUUUUGUUUGAAGAUACGAUCACCCCCAUAAAGCGCUUUUCUUUACUUCGAUCACUGUGUGUGAUCGGAAAAGGAAAAGGAAAAGAAAAAGACCACCCACCUAAUUAAUUUACUGGGUCGCAUGCGUUUUAGUUCUACGCCUGCUUGUCGGAUCUAUUAUCGUGAUCUUCUCAAACGACUUCGUGCUGAUAAUAACAAUAAAUUCUAUCACUCCAUGACUUCUCAACCAACGCUUAAGCUUCUGAGGAUCAUACAUACCGACGCCGACGCCACGGACUCCUCCAGCGACGAGGAAGAACAGAGGAUGGUACGAAGAGUUAAAAGACACGUCCAAGAGGUUCGCUUCGAGCAACCAUCAAUAACGACCUUCAAGCCGCAGAAACAAGAGCCUGCCAGAAAGAGAACGUUGAGAUCAACGAAAUCCGACAUCACUCACCGGAAAAAGUUCAGAGGUGUUCGGCAGAGACCUUGGGGUCGCUGGGCUGCGGAGAUCAGAGACCCGGUCCGCCGCAAACGGGUGUGGCUCGGGACCUUCGACACGGCCGAAGAGGCUGCCUCAGUCUACGACAAAGCCGCUAUGGAGCUCAAGGGUCCUAAUGCCGUCACGAACUUCCCUAACCCAGACGUAAGUACGGAAGCUUCUGUUGACGUUGACAGCCCCAAGGAGAGUUCAAGCUUCUCUGACGCGGCUGCCUCACCGACUUCGGUCCUCCGUUACGACGAACCCACGCCGUUGGAGCGUUUCUGUUACGACAACGUCGAUGUCUUCGGGUUCGAUAUCGACGUACCGUUAAGCUUUCCCGACUUAGUGCUAUCCGGAAAGCACUUUGGGCAGCCGGAGGAAGAAGACUUCAGUGAUUUUGACGUCAACGAGUUCUUGGUGGACGGAAUUUGCUAAAAACUGAUGGAUACUUAAGUAUUCUAAGGCCAGCAGCUUUGGCCGGAACAGUACUGAUGUGGGCUAGAUUGGUCAAUAUCCAGACAAGUCAACAAAGCUAAUCGGAAUGACGAAAGUACCCUCGUGGAUUUAUGAUAAGUUCUUAAGUGCGGGGUGUUGGCACGUAGAGUUUAUUCGGGUACUUGAUACGGCGAUUUUGUCUCGUGUUAAUAAGUUUUUGUUGUGAAUGGUAUUCGAGUUGUAAUUGGGUAUAUUUUAUUUUUUAAAGAGAGAAUUUGUAAGGGGAUAAGUACGAAGAAGGGAGUGAAGAAGUACUAUGGUGGGAGAGAGAGAGCGUUGAAAAGCUACAUGGGAUUUUUGUUGUAACGAGAUUUGGAUAAUUUAAUAAUAUAAAAGGAGAAUAGAAUAAUAAGAAAAUUGUUGGCAUGCCGUUGUUCUGUA